CCUUCUCAUUUUACUCCAUGCUAUUCCCUCUUUUUUAUCUUCCUUCUUUCUUGUUUUUUUAGUUGAGAACUGGGCGUCAUAUAUGGUGUUUCUUCUUUGAUUGAAAAUGUUUUUUCUUUUUGAUUGAUUUAGAAUUGGAUUUUUGGAUUGUUUUUUACCCCUUGCCAUGGUGUUUUAUUGGAGCAAGAACAAUAAUUGGUUUAGUCUUCUAUCGUUGUAACAUUGGGAGGCUUUUGUUAUUUAGACUAAUUGAUCGUCUCAAUUGAGCAAGCAAAGCAAGACUAUGUUGUGAUUCAUUUUGUUCUUCAAAAUAUCAAAAGAUCAUUGCUUUAUUCCAUGUCUCAUUCACAAUACACAUGCUUUUAAUUAUUAAAUAUCACUUUCUGCUUUGGACAAUGUAGCUACAAAUUUCUUUUCCUCUCAGCAUAUUGUGGCCGUCUGUGCAGUAUAUGCCUUUCUUAAAUUUUUUGCUGUCAACAGUUUUGCAGUUGUGGACAUGUAGAUGAGAGAGGAAGCAAGUUGAUCAGUACUAUUAACAGUAGAUUUGAUUACUGAGCUCAUGGGUAUCAUUAUGAUCCUUGUGACAAAGCCUUUCUCACUAUGCAAAUCGGUAUUCAUGUAUGGUCUGCAAAUUAUGUUUUUUGUGAUUCACGCUUGGGUGGAGUUGGUGACGACCUCAAUCAAUGUCCAUCUCAAUAUAUUUCACAAGACAAUGAUAUGGACGAUUGCUCUCAUAACUCUUCCCAUACGAGUCUUAUCUGCCUUGCAGAGGGAGAGGCUGCUGCAAGACACUUUGCAUGAGAUGCAGAUUGAGUUGGACAAUCUUGUGUGGGUUAGGAAGGAACUUCAACACCAACUCCAGACAGCAAUUAAAGAAUGUAGAAUUUUGGAGUCAAUGCUAGCAGAAGUUGAGGAUGAAAAUGAAACUAUCAUUGCCAAAUUUGAGUUGCUAGAGAGUGAGUUGCAGGGUCUGAAAGUUGAAAAUCUUCAGUUGAAGGAAAUUCUGAGUGAAGGUCAUUGGAGUUUUAAAUUUAAUGGUGGCACAGACAAUGCAGAAAAUAUUGGCAUAGCUAUCAGCAACAACACUGGCAUAUCUGAUAGUACCCAAUCUUGUUGUAAAGCUAGUGAGAUGAUGUUAGAAGACCUGGUGACGAAUAAAGAUGCCUGCGAAGGUGAGGGCAAAAGUGAAGCAGAAUUGCGAAGUUUCUUGAGAGCUACUGCUAGAGGCUCCAUUCACUCAUUUUCACAUUCUAUUGUCUCGAGGAGCCUGGACAUGAGUGGGGGUCUCGACCAAAGGAGGGAUGCUGCUGUAUUCCAGUCCCUAUUCAGUGCAGUGUUGACCCUUUUGGUUGGAACUAUUAUCUGGAAGGCUGAAGACCCUUGCAUGCCCCUUGUUGUAGCUCUUUUUGCUGUUGUUGGCAUGUCAUUGAAAAGUGUGGUUCAGUUUUUCUCCACUAUAAAAAACAAACCUGCUUCUGAUGCAGUUGCUCUCUUAAGCUUAAACUGGUUCAUACUCGGCACGCUAACUUACCCAGCACUUCCAAAAGUAGCUCGAAUUAUUGCUGCAUUGACCUUAAAUGUUUUGGACUGGACAGUAAGCUAGCUUGGUCCCUCUUUAUUAGCUCAUAGAUAAAAUUGUUGGUAGGGAAGCAUCAUGUAUAUCCAUGUAGUCGAGACUGUAGACCGUGAGGUUUGUUUUUUGUAGGCAAAGCUUGUAUGGCUUGUAGAAUAUCAGGUUGCAUAGUCCUGUAGUUUGGUUUUUACUUCUCUGUUUUUUCAUAGACCAGAACUUGUAUGUCCAUGGAUUAUACAGGGUUAAGUGCUGCUUUUCUUUAUGUACAUAUCAGUCUAGUCUUGAAGUAUGUCAUGUGUUAUAAUCAUGAGGAUAACUGAACAUGAAUUUACUUGGGAUUUAAGAACA